GAUGUUGCUGCAACACCAGUCCAACCCGUGUAUCUCGGACUCAGCUGCAAAAACACCACUGGACCUCGCCUGUGAAUUUGGACGUGUCACAGUGGUCCAGCUCUUGCUCAGCAGUAACAUGUGUGCAGCCAUGCUGGAACCAAAGCCCACCGACCCAAACGGAGUGUCACCUCUUCAUCUGGCUGCCAAGAACGGACACAUCGAUGUCAUACGGUUGCUGAUCCAGGCUGGAAUAGAUAUCAACCGACAGUCUGAGUCUGGCACAGCGCUACAUCAGGCAGCCCUCUGUGGGAAGACAGAGGUUGUGCGUCUGCUGCUGGAUAGUGGCAUCAGUGCAGGGGUGAGAAACACUCUGAGUCAAACGGCCCUGGACAUUGUUAACCAAUUCACCACAACACAGGCCAGUCGAGAGAUCAAACAACUACUGAGAGAUGCCUCGGCUGCGAUGCAGGUGCGUGCUCUGAAGGAUUACUGCAACAACUACGACCUGACCAGCCUCAACAUCAAAAAUGGAGACAUUAUCACGGUUUUGGAGCAGCACUCUGACGGCCGAUGGAAAGGCUGCAUACAUGACAACCGCACAGGAAAUGACCGUGUGGGCUACUUUCCCUCCAACAUGGUGGAAGUCAUCAAGAGGGCAGGUCACUCCCCCUCCCUGCAGUGCCACACCCUCCUGCUCCGCAGGGCCAACCCCUGUCCCAUUGCCGCCGUCAACGGAAACUCAUACCCCCCCUCCAAAGUCCUCCCCCUGCAUCUGCCUCCCCCUCCUCUAAACCCCGACACACAAUCCCUCGCUCGUUUCUCCUCCUUUGGGUACGUUCCUUUUCCCAUCUCUCCUCCUUCUCUAUCCACUUCUCACCCUCCGCCUCCGCCUCCUCCUCUUCCUCCUCCCCCUCCUUUCUCCACUUCUCCGGAGCAGCAGAGUCAAAAAGGCUCACGGACAGCAGAGCAGAGUCCUCAGGGCUCUCCAACUCUGGGACAUCCGAGUGGGGCCAAUGAGGACAUCUGGGUGCUGCGCAGACCGCUGGCAGGUGGCGAGCGCAGUGGCAGUGUUGGCAGCCUCGGCAGUGUUCGCUCCACCAGCAGCUUGCAGAGCUCUGGGAACACACACGUUCUGACCACCCCGGCCCCAAGUCCACUGCCCGCACACACACCGGGGGUCAACACACACGGCCUUAACGCCCCGGGCCUGCAUGCACAAUCUGAAGGAGUGAAG